AGUGGGUUUAGCGGGGCGGCCACAACCCGGUCCGGAGGAGACUUGCGGGGCCCCCUUGUCCUGGUGUCUGCUGAGCGCCUCACCGGAGGCAGUCGCGACCGCGAUGUGGAAUAGUGGAUUUGAGAGCUACAGCAGCUCCUCCUAUGGUGGCGCCGGCGGCUACACGCAGUCCCCGGGGGGCUUUGGAUCGCCGACCCCUACCCAGACCGAAAAGAAAUCACGAGCCCGAGCCCAGCACAUUGUACCCUGCACCAUAUCCCAGCUGCUCUCUGCCACUCUGGUCGAUGAAGUGUUCAAAAUUGGCAAUGUUGAAAUUUCACAGGUCAUCAUUGUGGGGAUAAUCAGACAUGCAGAAAAGGCACCAACCAACAUUGUUUACAAAAUCGAUGACAUGACAGCUGCUCCCAUGGAUGUUCGGCAGUGGGUUGACACAGAUGACGCGAGUGGUGAAAACACGGUGGUUCCGCCCGAGACGUACGUGAAAGUGGCUGGCCACCUGAGGUCUUUCCAGAAUAAAAAAAGUCUGGUGGCUUUUAAAAUCAUGCCCCUGGAGGAUAUGAAUGAGUUCACCACCCAUAUUUUGGAAGUGGUCAACGCGCACAUGAUGCUGAACAAACUGAGCAGCCAGCCCUCAGCAGGGAGAGCACCUAUCAGUAAUCCAGGAAUGGGCGAAGCAGGGAACUUUGGUGGGAACAGCUUCGUUCCAGCAAAUGGCCUCACCGUGGCCCAAAACCAGGUACUGAAUUUGAUUAAAGCUUGCCCAAGACCCGAAGGAUUGAACUUUCAUGAUCUCAAGUCUCAGCUCAACUCCAUGAAUGUGUCCUCCAUCAAGCAAGCUGUGGAUUUUCUCAGCAAUGAGGGCCACAUCUAUUCCACUGUGGACGACGAACAUUUUAAAUCCACAGACGCAGAAUGACCGGCGCUCAUUGGGACCGAAGAUACCGUGUAGCUGGAUCUGUUUUCACAGCCUGUGGCAUCCAGCUGGGCGUAGUAUCUGUCAGUCGACUUCUCGGAAGUGGGCUUCAUCUAAGAAGUCUCAACGUCCCUUUGAAACUUGCUCUUCGUUUUUUGUUUUGUUUUUUGUGGCGCUUGGUCAUUGACGGAUGUAACGGGGUGGGCUGUCUUGGGAAGGUUACAAGUGCACUAGUUCAAUUUCAAGAUAGAAUUGACAAAGAGAUGCUACCAAAAAGAAUUGGCCAGUUUUAUACUUCCCCAAAUGUUUCCUUGUUAGGAGAAAAUGAGCAAGACUAGAGCCCCAUGGCAGGGAGCUAGCCCAGGGACCUGCGAGGCUCUGCCUGGUUUUGUUGCCCACUUUGGUUACGUGAGUUAACGUCUAUAAGAAUCGCCCUUCCUGCAGCCUCAUCAUGACUGCUGCUGAAAGCGUGUUGCUGUGGGUGUGAGGUGCUGGCCCAGUGGGCCCAGCAGAGGAAGACAUGGGACUGUGUGUGACGCUCAAGUGAGGGCAGCCUCACGGUUAAUAAAACUGUUUAUAUGGGACACACGGAGGCUGCUGCUUUUCUUAGCUGGUAUAAUUCCUGUUUACUCAUCUGAGGCCAUGUGGCAGCGUGAGCCCUGACUUUGAGUGUUGGGUAUUCUAUUCCCCUCUUUAGUUUUGAUCUUGAGCAAGCUGCAUCAGCUAUGAGCAACUCCAUUUCCUCAUUUAUUGAGCGGACAGGGUUUAUUUCUUCAUAGACUGUUGUGAAGAUUGAAUGAAAUAAAGUCUGUAAAGUA